AUGAAUGGCGAGGGGCGGCGGCCGAGCUACAACCGCCGCCGUCAAGAGCUGCAAUGCAGGUGGCGUUGUUGCAUGGGGACCGGCGACGAGGACGACCGGCGCCGGCGGGGACUGGCGACGAGGACGGCCGGCGAGGCGGGGUCCGGCGGCGACGAGGAAGACCGGCGAGGAUGGGGACCGACGACCACCGGAGGGGACAGGAGGCGCGGCGCCGCGCUCCCCCGAACAGGACUGCCCGAGGAAGAAGAAAGAGAGCUGGGGGGGCGUGGGCCCCGUUUGUCAUUGGCCCAAAGGCCAUACAGGGCGCGGGCGACGGGUUACGGGCGCGCCCCGUUCGGGCGCACGCCCAGGGGCACGCGGACGUGGGCGCUGGCGGCCACGGCGGGGCACGGCGCAGGCCAGGGAUGGGCGCAGGGGCGCAACCCGCCCAGUGCGGGGCGAGGGGCGUGGGCCCCGUUUGUCAUUGGCCCAAAGGCCAUACAGGGCGCGGGCGACGGGUUACGGGCGCGCCCCGUUCUGGCGCACGCCCAGGGGCACGCGGACGUGGGCGCUGGCGGCCACGGCGGGGCACGGUGCGGGCCAGGGAUGGGCGCAGGGGCGCAACCCGCCCAGUGCGGGGCGAGGUUGCCGGUGACGGGGGAGGCCGCCCAGGAGGGCGCAACUGUAGUGGCAGGCGCCGGGCGCCGAGACUGCGCGGGGGCAUGGCACAACGGCAGGGCCACCGCGGGGCGGAAGCGGGGCGAACGCAGGGCACCGCAGCGGGGGUCACGGGCACGGCGAGCGCGGCCCCGGAGUGAGGCAGGGCGCGGGAGCGGCGUCGUAGCACGCGACGAGCGGCAACGGCGCGAGGCGGCGGCGAGGCCACGGUUGGGUAGCGCGGCCGUAGAUGCGAUGUGGGGCGACGGCGCAGGGCAGAGAGGGGAAGAGGGGGCUCACGGCGCGGUGCAGGGAUCGGGGCAAUGGUGCUCGUGGUGGGGGACGGGGACGACGGCGUCGACGUAG